GCGCGGCAUUGGUUUUUUCGUACGGCAACCUCAACACCGACGUCGACAUGAGUGCGGCAAUACAAGCUUCGCUUGAAAAAAAACACAGAUGCGCAGCGUUUGUCAUGCCACUGUCGUCAUUCGCUUGAUACGAAUCCGUCGUUCUGAUUCCGCAUCGCGAUGCCGCCUUAUAGUCACGCUGCCACCGUAAUCGCACCGUUAUCAUUUCCAUCGUCGCUCAUCAAGUCGUUGUCACGCUGUCAAGCCGCCUACAGCGUCGAAAGAAUCCCCGUAAAAUUACACCAACCUCCUACGGGACCGCGGCCGCACGAACGCCAUAUCUGCCUCGUCCUGUAACGUGCUCCAACAGAUCCAAACCCAUUUCACAACGGAAUCUUAUUUUGGGGUAUGAUAAGUAGUUAUGUUUAGUGUGACUGAUGUGGGGAGUGCCAUUAAUGAGUGGAAUUGCCAGGAGGCCCAUCCUAUAUCCGUUUCGCUAAUGCAGCUUUAAAUCUUCAAUCGCACUAACUUUUUGCUCGGAACUUGCGGGACGACGCCACCGCGCGGAAGACCACGGCCAGGUGCACACAGGCCCUGAUUUCUGUGCAGUUUCGGAUGUGUGAGCAGCGGCGGCUUCGUCCCGGGUUUCAUAAUUUCCAGUGUUUGUCGCUGAUACAAGGUCCAACCGUGCAGUGUGGUGGAUUCUCCGGUUCAUGUCAAAGGAUUACACGCACAAAACCAUUACAGAAGAUUGGCCAAUAAUGUGCACGUACUCAUUGGUACAUACCCAUGGCUCCAGAGAGGGGUGUAGUUGUUCAGAAGCAGCGGUGAGGAAUAUGCUCCGCCCAGUAACAACUAACCGUCAGCGCACCUCCUUUCGAUUUUACUUUGCAUUCGCUUCUAUUACCUGCGAGCCACUUCUUCAGUGCUUCACAAAAACUAGAUCGAGAUAUUUGGAAGGAGCACGCUCUUACGGUGGUGCGAGAAGUCCACGCACGGUUCUCCAUAUCCGAGCGAAGCUGUAUAUGGCCAAGGUUCCGUGUAUGUUUGUUCUCCAUCAACAAAAAGACAUUGCAACUUCUCUUGGUCCACGCUCCAAUCACGUACAUGGCUAGUUUUCGCUGGCUCCCCGAGGUGGCGGUAGUCGUCCACGCUCGAGCACAAUAAUAAAACCAGCAGCUGCCGAGCAGCGCAUUUCAUUUGUGUUCUGUAGUUGCUAUGGGAAGGCUACGAAUAGUUAGGAUUCCCAAAAAGCAACGUGCCUACCAUGAAAGGCGAAGGGAGUAGCAACGACAACGUCAACGGCGGUGGCGUGCGGCAAAUCCCACUGAAGAUCGAGCUGGAGAACAGGGCAGCAAACAGCGAGCUAUGUGAGACGACGGACAUCGGGAAGCGCACAACGCAGGAAAAAGACGCAUGCGUGUCUGGUUUCCUCCAGCAACUCGGGAUGGAGAAAACCGCACGCGUUGCUAUGGCGCACUGUACGAUAGAUUUGACUUUGGCUAAGAACGUGCCCAAGAUAGUACCUGAGCCAAUCAAUGUGUACCAUAGUGACCACAAGGCCAUCGUCACCAGCAUCACGACCAAAAAUUAAUGACCCACCGAUCAAGACAAUAAACGUGU